UUGGACGAAACUUUUCAGGAGGAGGACUUCACUGAGCAAGAGUUACUUGAAUUAGCAGCGGCAUCACGAGAUCGGCAGGCGAUUCGCGAAUAUAAAGCUGCCGUUUACUGUCAUGGUCUGACGCAGAAUGGGGUACUUCGAGCAAAGAGGCGCCAGGACUUGUAUUUUGCAACUAAAGCAUUUGUUAUGUAUAUACAGAUGAUUUGCGUAAUGUUGGUGGCCUUCAUGGCAGUCAUUGUCUUCCACCGUCUUCACAAAGGCACUGAGUCGUCGUACUUCGCUACAGAAAUCUUCUUAGAG